AUGACCCGAAGAUCACUUUUCGUGAUGGUCCAGGAGAAUUUUGGUACGGGUGUGACGCUCCCAGCCUUUCCUGCGCGUGCUGAGUGGAUUGAUUCCAGUUGCUACAAGCUGAUUCAGCUGUCCCAUGCUGAUCAAUUCAAGGAAAUAAAAAAGGAAGUUGCUCAUGAUCGCCACAUCGCCGAGACUGCCAAAGUCCUCAAAGAAGCUCGGACAGCCUUUCAGGUGCCACGCCGCUAUCUCGCACUCGAUUUCGAGACGUAUGAGCUCGAUCAUCGGUUUGUCACUGAAUUUGGCAUCUCGCGCCUGGACACUGGCGCCGAGGGCAUCAUCGAGACGCGCCACCUCAUCACUCAGGAAUAUGAGGCCUUUCGCAAUGGGCAGUACGUGCCAGAUUGCAAGCAUCGCUUUCGACACGGCUCGUCACGCUUGCUGCCACUCGAGGCAUGUAAAGCUAUGCUUGUAGAGUCGUUGCAGUGGGCUGACGCUUUGAUCUUCCACGACACGGCAGCAGAUAUGGACAUCAUCCAGGGACAAUUAGGCCUACGGCUGCCUCGGCGAGGCGUGCCAUGCUACGACACGAAGGUGCUAUUCGGUGCAAAAGAGAAGAGCAAGAAGGGCGAGUCACUUGGCUUGGGACGUAUGCUGCAGAAGCUGGGCGUGGUGGCCAUCAACAUGCACAAUGCUGGGAAUGAUGCACAUGGCACGAUGGAGGCGUUUGUGAGCAUGAUGCAGCCAGACCUGCCGCGGAUAGAGUGCGGGACUGCGCUUGUGCUGCAGUUUGAGAGCGACGAUGAUCUGGAGUUCUAG